CCAGUUAUGUCAUUACUUCAGUUCCUUUGAAUCUGAAUAAAAAGUGCAGCAAACUUCAGACUCAUUGACUGCGGGCUUAACAAGCGUCGGGGCUUUUCUUCUUCCUGCAGCUUGCAAGGAUCUUUGGAUUUUGCAAAACACUUCCAAGAAAACAAUGGCCAACUUCUCCUUAUGGGCAACUUUUGGAUUAUGUUUGUUGAAGCUUUGUCUAGCAGAAACACAAUUCAAUGUAAGCUGCAGAUAUGGAGGAGUUUUUCAUGUUGAGAAAAAUGGUCGCUACAGUCUCACACGACCUGAAGCAGUCAAACUCUGCAGAGCUCUCAAUAGUACCUUGGCAACACUAGAACAACUGAAGAAAGCUCAUGAACUUGGAUUUGAAACUUGCAGGUAUGGUUUUGUAGUGGGGCAUAUUGUUAUCCCACGAAUCAGACCGUAUCAUCUUUGUGCAGCAAACCAUACUGGCAUUUACAAGCUCCCAGCAAAUACAACUGGUCGGUAUGAUGCAUAUUGUUACAAUGAGACAGAAACAAGGGACAUAGGGUGUGAGCCAGUCGAAAAACUAGAUACUUCUCUCCUCAGUAAUCAAGAUGAAAUAGUCAUUGACAAUGCAGAUGGCUCACGUUAUAAUGCAGAUGGCACACGUCAUACCGGUGGAGAGUCCUCAACUUCAGGUGCAGACGAUGAAAAUGUAGGUAGUGGAUCAACUCAUGAGACAACUCCCAUGGAUACUUCCAUCAGGAGAUCCAGCCCCUCAUAUUAUGGAAGUGCUACUCCAGUCUCACAGCUGCCAGAUCACACUUCUGGAGGGGGUGAAAAAGGAACUCCUGGAAAAGACUAUGAUGAUGAAGUUCCAUCUCUAUCACCUGACAUCUCUUUCGGGACAGUGGCUGAUGAUUUCCAUGAAGAAGAUGGUGGACAUUAUCAUGCUACUACUACUGUGGACUCACAACACGAAACGCUUCUGGAAAUCUCCACACAAGAUCAUUGGAAUCCCACCUUCACAGAUGAAGAGGAGCAGUAUCCUAGCUCUCCUAGCAGGGUUACAAGUGAAAAUGAAAAUCAAGGACCAACCCAACAUCCACUAUCAUACACCAUUCAUUCUGGAGGGAUCAGUCAAGAACAAAAUCCUGCAAAUACCACGGAGAGUAUUGAACCACAUGAAUUUACUGUUGCAGGUGAAAAUUAUUUUGAAAAGGAAUCUUCUCAUACAGCUAUGGUCUCCACCCAUGGGGCCAAACAGAAUGACUCCAUGCAAGACCCAUGGAUAUAUCCAGGCUGGGACAACGGAGAGGAAUAUGCAACAUGGCCUGCUAUAACGGAUAGAACUAUUCCUUCCAGAGGGAAUAAUCAUGAGAAAGACUCUUCCACUACAGCUGUUGCCUCUCCUGAUGGUGCCCACCACAAAGACCCAACUCAACCACCUCUGCAUUCAGCUAAUGAACCAGGACAGGGCACUGAAGGCAUCACAAAUCCCACAGAUACCCCAAGGGAUGAAGUCCUCCACAAGACCACAGCCACCAUCAUCACAACAGUCACAGCCUCCACUGAUGUUCUGGUACCAGAAGAUACUACUCAGGAAGCGUGGGCAACUCACAUCAUGGUAACAGCUGUUGCCUCUCCUGAUGAUGCCCACCACAAAGACCCAACUCAACCACCUCUGCCUUCAGAUAAUGAAUCAAGACAUGGCUCUGAAGGCAUCACAAAUCCCACAGAUGCCCCCAGGGAUGAAGUCCUCCACAAGACCACAGCCAGUAUAAUCAAAGCUGUCACAGAAUCUGUGGAGGAUGUUAAUGAAGAGAAAGCAACCAAGGAGCCACUGGCACCUGGCACUCCACCUGGAAGGGAAAGUGAACCAGCAAACACCACAGAUGGUUCCCAUGUCGGUUGGAUACCUGCAAUUUUUCCAGAUGCUGAAGACCAUCUUAACCGCUUGCAGACCCCUCUUACUACUCGCUCUACCUCUAGUAUAUAUGGUAACGAAGGACCACGCAAGGGACAUUAUGAAUCCACUACUUUCCCUGGAGAGACCGCCACAACAAAAAUAGAUUCACAGCCAAGGUCGGCCCGUGUACCAGAAUGGCUGAUCAUAGUGGCUGCUCUUGUGGCACUUGUAUUGAUUCUUGCAGUGUGCAUUGCUGUUAACAGUCGGAGAAGAUGUGGGCAGAAGAAAAAGCUAGUGAUUAACAACGGGAAAGGGGCAGUGGAGGACAGGAAGUCAAGUGCAUUAAAUGGAGACAUCAGCAAAUCACAAGAAAUGGUGCACUUGGUUCAUAAAGAACGGUCAAAUGACCGAACACAAGCAUGUGAUGAACUCCUGACUGUUAAUGAAACACAAAAUCAUCAUGACCUUGACAUGAAGACUGGAGUGUAAUGGUACCAUGUUGCCAAGUAGAUCAGGGCUGGGGAAAUCAAAAUCAUGUGGAACUUGAACAGGAAUUCACAGAUGCACUCUGCUACUGAUGUCUUUUGAAAAUAAACAUAAGUCUUAUUCCUUUUUAAUCACUUUACAAUGUUGCCAGGGUUAAAAAAUUGACAUGUGCUUUCUGAAAUACGCCCCAAGAGUUGCAUAAUGCUUUCAGUUCCCAGUCCCAAUACAGAGGACUUUCACUGUGUCCUGGAUGUUAGGAGACAUACAAGUUUACGUCAUUAUUCCCCAGAUGGAAGGUCUUCACUGUGUGCAGCUUAAGAAGUAUCCAGUCACUCCAUCUUAGAAACAUAUAAGGUACUAAACUUGCCACGAUACAAGAGUAAGUGAGGAAAAAAUGUCAAGAGUGACAAUCAAGUCUAAACCCAAAAGGCAUGCUCUGUAAUGUCUGAAACAUGAGAAUCCUUCAGAAAUGCCUUCCAGCCAGGAAGAGCAGAGGGUGCAUUCAGAAUCUGCCACUAUAAACAGAAAGUGACAUUUUGUAAUUAUGUGUGGCUUGGUCCACAAUGAGGGAAACCCAGAAGGACAAAAUUUAUUUAUCUCUAUUUUUAAGUGAUACUAUGGGCAUACAGCAAGUCUUCUCGGGAGGGGUAAUAAAGAGAUGAAAACGUGAACUGAUACAUAAUAAAGUUCUAUAUUUUAUCAUCCUAGCAACCUGUACAAUUAUCCUUGAGUUUCUGAGAUAUUCUUUGCUCUUCUCCCUCCCUCAUUCAUUGGUCCAAGUUUGUGCAUGUUUUUAAUGAGUCUGUUAGUUAAGAUAAUGAAUGAAACAAAAUGACCCCAGCUCUAGCAUACAUGCACAAAUCAAGCAUUUGGAGAUCAUUAGGGAAGAUGACAGUAUUUUAUUCCUGAAGAAUGGGUCUCUAUUUUAGAUAUUUUACUUUUUAUUCCAUUUUACUUAGGAGAUGCUGAGCCUAGUAAAAUUGUUUCCCUUGUUAUUAUUAUGUCGCACCAGUUUGCUGAUAUUUUAAAAGUUCUUUUUCUAUGAUCUCACUAAUUUCCUCAGAAUUCUAUUUCAUCUACAUUUUUUCCAUCUGCUUUUUAAAAAGAAACAUUGCUUGCGUAUCGGUACCAGAAAUUCAAAUUCUACAGAAAAGGUCAAAGAAAAUGAAAGGAAACUCUCCCAGCCAUGUAAUAUAGUAGAGUAGCUAAGCUGCAUUGUUAUAUGCUUGUGUUUUGUCCUUUUGUGCCUGUUGUGUAAAGUAUUUGUAUUAAGCUAUGAUGCUGUGCAUUAUAUUGAUAUGAAUUGUCAGAAAAAAACUUAUUUACUACCAGUGGUCUGUGCUAUUUUUAAGCAAGCAGUUUGGAAUGAUAACUUCUAAUUGGGCUGCCCCAAGAAAAGGCAAGUGAAAACAAUUUAAGUAAUUGCAACCUGUGGUCUGCGUCAGCUGUUGGAUAGGGAUGGCCUGUAGCAGGGUUAUGCAAGUGUUCCUGUUCACUGACCAUAGCAUCUGUCUUUGAAACUGUUCUGCUAAAGCAUUUUAUUUUAUGUUCUCCAUCUGAAACAGUCUGGAGGAUGAGUAUUGAGCUGGCUAAAUACUAACUUUAGCUCGCACUGAUCUUUACUGGAACAUAAAGCACAAGACUGUUGAUUAUAUUUCUGAAUUGCAGUCCUCCAGCAGUUUCCCAUGUGUUUCACUGAGAUGCUCAGUGCCCUGGUAUCUGCAGGCAGAUCUUCUCAGGGCAAUUUACGCCUGGGCAAAAGGUCCCAGGACAAGCAGAGGUUUUAAAAUAUGCAUAGGAUGUUGUCUGACUUUAUGUAGGUCAGCAUAUUUCAUCUUUGAACAGUGCAUUGGUUUUUGUUUAAUCCCUGUAAUGUUUUUAAGCAAGCUUUUCUAUUUGUCAUUACAAAUCAAAAUGUUCUGUUGAAGGCUAUGUUUAAACUGGUGUUAGGUACUCAUUUCACUAAGUAUGGAGAUCCAGAGUAAGAAUUAUUCCUCUCUUUAAGUCCUAAAUGAAUAUAGGUCUUAAUGUAAAGGAGAUAUUUCAUUGUCUUGGAGCCUAAAUUUCUCCUUUAGAAAAAGAAAAAGUUUGUGAUGUUAUUCAUCUCCCUAUACAGAUGUUGAAUGAAGAAUCUCACAAACUUCUUCCUGGUUUACCUUAUGUCCAGGAACUAUAAAUGCACAGACAACACUGGUUGUGUUUUUUAUAUAUUUUUAAAUAGGGAGAUGCUCAAGUUGUCUUUACAGAGGCACUGCCAUUAUUAUAUAUAUGCUGGUUCUUUUUAGAUUAUGUCCUGUGAUUCAUGUGUGAUUGUUUCAUUAUAGUUUCAAAACUACGUUUCAUAUGUGUAAUAUAGUACAUAUUUUUAUUAAUCUUGAUUUUAUUAUAUGAGGGGUUGUUUGUUGUGUGUAUGUAUUUUUAUACAGAGCACUUGAUAUAUUUGCAUAUUUAUUUAACGGAUUAAUCAGAAUGAUAGAAAAUAUUAUCUCUAAAUUGUAACUAGCAAUAGUAUUGCUAAAACCACAUUGAACUGUAAAAUAAGCUUCCAAAAUAAACUUGAUUCCACAUUGAGGAUAAACAGUAAGACCAGCUAUUAGUGGGAAAGAAGUAUUCAGCAGGAUAGUCAUGUUGAGUAUUUGUGAUAAUUUUUUCUGCUUGCAAAUUCUAAGCCAGGCCGAGGUGAAUGCUAUGUGACCUUUUCUGCUCUGCCAGCCUUCCAUAGGCUCCACAGAUGCUCUAGGAGUUGGUGAUCAAGUCAGCUUCCCCCCAGAAGCAGACAUCAGCUUGACUCAAUUUCAGAUCAACCCACUAAGACCUGCAUGACUAUUCUUGGCUCACUGAACCAACAGCAUUUAAAGAGCACAGCACCCAGCCCUUCCUUCAGUGUGCUGACAGACAAAUUGGUUUUUGGUCUAUCCCUGGUGCCUAGAAAGUAUGAGGAUCUCUUCUAAAAAUGCUGAGGAGGUCAGACCCUGUGAUCAGCUUGUGUUAAUUCUUUGUCUUGAAAAGUUUCAAAUAAAUGUAAUCCAGACCAAUGGAAAUACUGUUUAAAGCAGUAGAUGCAUUCGAGAGAGAGAUUUUAUGU